GUCUUCCUGAACAGUACUACAGCCUCACCUGGUUCCUUAGUCCAAUCCUGGGCCUGAUCUUUACCCCCUUAAUUGGUUCAGCCAGCGACCGCUGCACCCUCAGCUGGGGCCGCCGCCGGCCGUUUAUCCUCGCCCUUUGCAUUGGGGUCCUGAUUGGCGUUGCCCUUUUCUUAAACGGAUCCGUUAUUGGUCUUGCUAUCGGAGAUGUCCCGGACAAACAGCCCAUCGGCAUCGUCCUCACCGUGCUCGGCGUGGUGGUGCUGGACUUCUCCGCUGACGCGACCGAGGGGCCCAUCCGCGCCUAUUUGCUGGACGUGGUGGACAGCGAAGAGCAGGAUAUGGCCCUCAACAUCCAUGCUUUUUCAGCCGGCCUGGGAGGAGCCAUUGGCUACAUGCUGGGCGGCCUCAACUGGAUGCACACCGUCUUAGGCAGCAUCUUCAAAUCCCAAGAGCAGGUCCUCUUCUUCUUUGCCGCCAUUAUCUUUUCCGUUUCCGUCGUCCUCCACCUGUGCAGCAUCGAAGAAGAGCAAUACAAUCCUCAGCAGGACCGGAUGGAUGACGAGGCGGAGACCCUGUCAAGUGUCAAGCUGAGCGGCAGCCUCCCUCCCUUCAACCGUCUCAACGUCAUCAACGAGGAGGACCCUUACGGGAACUCCCUCUUCCCCGACGAGGUCCAGUCCGAACAUGACCUCAACAUGGAGUUCCUUGAGGUGGACAUUGUCCGGAGUAAGAGCGAUUCGGUCCUGCACAUGCCGGAUGCCACCCUCGACAUGGAAUCGGAGCUCCUCUUCCUUCACGAAAUUGAACCUUCCAUUUUUCAGGAUUCGUCCUACCCGGCGACGCCGCGCAGCACCAGCCAAGAGCUCAUGAAGUCCAAAUUCAACCGCUUGUCCGCUUUCCUCAGGGAGAACGAGAAGGAGGAGGAGAUGUUACUUGAGAACCCCUUGACCGAGGCCAAAGUCCCCAACGGGAACGGCUCCCUACCAAAAGAUCUCCUGAAUGGACAUGUCCGGGUGGGCAUAAAGCCGUCGUGCACCUCAAACUCCAUGCGACGGCGACGGCACAUGUUCUACCGCCAGCCUUCUAACACCUUCUCCUACUACGGGAAGAUCGGGUCCCACCAUUACCGGUUCCGGCGGGCCAACGCCGUGGUCUUGAUCAAGUCCUCUCGGAGCAUGAACGACAUCUACGACAUGCAGAAGAGGCAGCGGCAGAGGUGCCGGCACCGGAAUCCGAGCGGCGCCACCAACUCCAGCGGAGACACGGAGAGCGAGGAAGGCGAAACGGAAACCACCGUGAGACUCUUGUGGUUGUCCAUGCUGAAGAUGCCCAAAGAGCUGCUGCGGCUUUGUGUUUGUCACCUCUUGACCUGGUUUUCCAUCAUUGCCGAAGCUGUGUUCUACACCGACUUCAUGGGGCAGGUCAUCUUCCACGGCGAUCCCAAGGCCCCUUCUAAUUCUACCGAACUGCAGGACUACAGUGCUGGCGUCCAGAUGGGCUGCUGGGGGUUGGUCAUCUAUGCUGCUACUGCUGCUGUUUGUUCAGCUUUACUCCAGAAAUACUUGGACAAUUAUGACUUGAGCAUACGAAUCAUCUACAUCUUGGGCACCCUCGGAUUCUCCAUCGGCACCGCAGUGAUGGCCAUAUUUCCCAACGUCUACGUUGCCAUGAUCAUGAUCAGCACCAUGGGAAUUGUCUCCAUGAGUAUCUCCUAUUGCCCGUAUGCACUUCUGGGACAGUACCACGACAUCAAGGAGUACAUCCAUCACAGCCCCGGCAACUCCAAGCGAGGCUUUGGCAUCGACUGCGCCAUCUUGUCGUGCCAGGUCUACAUCUCCCAGAUCCUGGUAGCUUCCGCCUUGGGAGGAGUGGUGGAUGCGGUGGGCUCCGUCCGGGUCAUUCCAGUGGUGGCGUCCGUGGGCUCUUUCUUGGGCUUCUUGACGGCCACCUUCUUGGUGAUUUACCCAGAUGUUGGGGAGAGUUCGAAGGAAGAGCAGAAGGAGCUGGCCCCACCCGGCGCGGCCGAAAGCAGCGGCGGGAACGAGGAGAAGCCCAUGGUGAUCAAGCUCGGCCGCGGGAAGGAAACCGCCGCGCCGGAGGUGGAAGGCGAAUCGGCCGUUUGAAGGCGUCCCGGCCCCCUCAACGCACAUUCCAAGCCAGAACAUCCUUCAAAGCAGAAUUUUAAAUUUUUAGCAGACAAGCCCUGCUGGUUUAAUUUGCAGCAGGGGAUUUUAAGUGGGGGGAGGCUUUUAGGGAGAAAAGGUUCUUUCACGCAAUUGUAGAGCCCAGAGAAUUUUCAGGGCGACGGCUUUCUC